AUUUUGUUCCGGGCACACUGAGAUGUUGAAAUGAAGAUUGAUGAAAAAGUCCUCACCUAUUUUGAAUCUUGCAACUCACCUGUGGAUAAGGAAGGGUACCUGUACAAGAAGGGUGAGAUCAAGACUUCCUAUCAGAAGCGCUGGUUCGUGCUGAAGGGGAACCUCCUCUUCUACAAAGACCGGCAGACCGACCGGGAUCUGGUCGGAGUGAUUGUUCUGGAGGGCUGCACCGUCCAGCUGUGCGAGUCCGAGGAGAACUUCGCCUUCUCGCUGGUGUGGAGCGAGCCGGGGCUGCGGACGUACAAGUUUGCCGCGGAGAACCAGGCCAGUCAGGAGAGCUGGAUCAAAGCCCUGCUGUCAGCCAGCCACAGCUACCUGGCCCUGCUUGUAGUGGACAUGGAGUCGAAGUACAGAGAUGCAGUUGGUGCACUCUCCAGUAAACCAAGCAAACCUUUUGUCAUGCCAAAUUUCAGCGCCAUCCAGUCUGCUGCCGUCUUUGUGACCUCAAACACCUGCACCUCAUCUGCGCUGGGAACAGCACCCAGCCCGAAUUCCUGUCCAAACCUACAAGCUCUUACCAUUUCAUCCAAGACGGCCAGUAAGAAAUCACCCAAACUGCGAUCGAAGAAGAAUGCCAACGCGGUGCCUAUGUUUGAUCCAUUUCAGACGAUUGGGGAGUACGACUUUAACCAGCUGCAUGAAGAUUAUGGAAAGGAAGUAAAGGAACUGAUUGUCAUGUGGUCAAAGAAAGGACACGGCGGUGCGAAUGUUCAGGAAGAAAACUUGAUAGAUUUUGAAUGAUAAAAGUUGGCUUUGUUUCUAACCCUUAACUUAUAGAGAAGCUUUAUCAUGCAUACGUGCACUGGAUUAGAAAUGUGUCGGUAAUAUAUAGUUGACAUAGUUAUAUUUGUUUUCUUCCAGAAACAUGCUGUUUCUUUUUUACUUUUUCAUAGAUUAGUCAAUAAAUGAUCUGUGAUCAUCUGUUUUAUUAACCUUUGUUUGUCACUGCAAUGAUGUUAUUUCCUAAGUUGGCAUUUUUAUAAAGUCACUCACCUGAAAUAUGACCUCCAUCUGCUCCAGCUAGUCUACUGUCUUUAUACUGGACAUACUAUGGCUAACCAGUUCAGGUGAAAACCUUCCUCUUAAGACAUGGAUGUCAAGCCUGUGUUACACUGUGGGCCACAUACACCACAUUUUGAUUUUAAGGAGGCUGGAUCAGUAAAACUGUUCUUUCUGUCCUUUAAUGUUUAACUACACAUUUACUAAAGAAAUGCUGCUGUGGCAAAUGAAAGAAAUGUGUCCGCACGACUCUUUGGGAUUAAACUGUAAGAAAUAAAUGUGUUAAAUUACAGAAAGGAUCCUGGUAGCUUAAAACUAGACUGAAAUUUUCUGUUAAUUCACAGAAAAUGUAAAUUUCUUUUGUUGAUUUUUUUUUUACUGUGAACACAUUGUAAAAACAGAGUUUUUCCUUCGCACAAAGCUUUCCAGUGGGCUGGAUUUGAGUCUUUGGCAGGCCUUAUGUUUGACACGUCUGUCUUAACAUGCCCGAACAAAUUUCACCGAGGACAGAGAAUGAAAGAAACUGUGAAACGGUGAUAUAAAAUUUGCUUAUUAAUAACAGCUUCAUUACUUCAGAGCUGAUAAUACCUGGCGUGUUUAUAAGAAAUAAAUCUGCCAGCCAUUAAAAAGGCCUGAGUUCAUCUGUAGCUGAAAGUUGGCCACAUUUCCAUUUUAAAUCAGGAAUUGUCUGAUCGAGGAAACAUUUCCCUUUGGGCUCUAUUAUUAUUGAUGACCUAAUGAGUCCAUUUUGCCUCACAGAUUUAAACAAUUUGACCAGUGACAGGGUAAAAAAGGACUGACAGUUGGCUGGGGGGCAACACGGGCCAAGAAGGGUGAAGUCCGCUAAAUUUUAGAAGGGGGUCGAAAUGGCUGAGAAACAGAAUGGCAGGAGGGCAGCAGGGCUAUUUCAGUCUGUACAGCUGUCUUGUCUUCGUGGUCUUUGCUCUGUCUUUCUCCUUCUGUGUCUGCAUCGCUUCUUUUUUCAACCUUCGAGCCUACAGCUGAGCUGGCUGCUUAUUGGCUUCACAUACAACACAUUUUUUGCCUCCUCCUUGCCAAUCGGGCGCUUCGUUUUCCAUCAUUACAAAACAUUGCAGAUAAUUUAGGUCAUAUUUUGCCACGUGAAACGCUACGCCCACGAGCCAGCUAAGACUCUGGAUUGCUUCACGCCAGCGUGGGAUACCAAUACAUACAUACCUAAGCUGUACAGUUGUGUGAUUGAUGGCCAGCCAAUGAUACUCAUAUAUGGGGUUUAGUGGGUGGGUCACUGUCCUCCUAUCCUAAAGCAACUAUACUGGGAACCUCGAGGAGGAACCCAAAUUAGUGCACCCGUGGCGGUAAAGCUGGUCAUUUAGUCCAAUCAUCAUUUUGCCUGUUUCUUUUUUUUCUUUCUUACACUUGAAUCAGUAAAACAGAAAAUGAUUCACUA